GACACGUUGCCAUCUACGAGCCGGUACUUGUGUCUACAAAAACAAGAGAGUAAUGUGUUUGUAGUAAUGCAUUUUGCCACAAUCCCACGCGUGUCCAGAUUUCAGAAAACAAACAAGAACGCGAGCCAACUAUUUUCAAUCUCUGGCCCCUAUAGUAGCUUAGUUACCUGCGCCUUAGCUGCUUGCCAGCCGCCGCUAGCGCUGCCUAUCGCGCCAUGGCCACACAACUCUACCGGCUGCUACCACUACUCCUCUUCCUUCCCUUCAUCCUCGUCCGCCGCGGCACAUCACCGCCCCGUCAGCGCGCUGCCACCGGCGACGCUGGCCUCCACCCGGUCGUGCUGCUGCCGGGAGCCACCUGCAGCCAGCUCGAGGCCCGCCUUACGGACGCCUACGAGCCGCACUCGCCGCAAUGCGCCACGGGCAAGGGCAACGGCCGGUGGUUCCGGCUAUGGAAGAACUCCACGGCGAUGCAGGACCCCUGCGCCGCGCCGUGCCUCGCCGACCAGCUCCGCCUUGUCUACGACCCCGCCACCCGUGACUACCACAACGUGCCGGGCGUGGAGACACGCGUCCUCGGCUUCGGCUCCACCAGCGGCUUCCUCGCCGACAACCCGGCUGACAUAGACCUCUGCAUGGGGAGACUCGUCGAGGAGCUAGAGCGAGCCGGGUACCGCGACGGCGAGACCCUCUUCGGCGCGCCGUUCGACUUCCGUCAGGCACCUGCCGCGCCGGGGCAGCCGUGCCGGGCGUUCUCGCGGUUCUGCCGGCGGCUCAGGAUGCUCAUCGAGCACGCGAGCAGGAAGAACGGGGGCAAGCCGGCCGUCCUUGUGUCGCACAGCCAGGGCGGCUACUUCGCGCUCGAGUUACUCAACCGGAACCCCCUGGCGUGGCGCAGGAGGCACGUCAAGCACUUCGUCAUGGCCUCCACCGGCGCCGGUGGGUUCUUGCUGUCCAUGCAGCUGCUCGCCUCUAAACGUAACUCCCCACUGAGCUCCGCCAGCGCGUUCACGGCGCUGCCGUCGCCGAAGGUGUUCGGCCGCGACACGCCGCUGGUUGUCACGCGGGCCAAGAACUACACCGCGCAAGACAUCCCGGAGUUCCUGACGGCCAUAGGAUUGCCGCCUCUCGCGGUGAGGCUGUACGAGACGCGGGCGCUGCCGGUGACGUUGAACUUCAGAGCGCCGGGGGUGCCGACGACCUGCAUCAAUGGCGUCGGCGUGUCGACAAUGGAGAGGCUGGUGUACUGGAACGGCGAGUUCAGUGAGGCUCCUGAAGUGGUGUACGGCGACGGAGAUGGGUUGAUCAGCUUGGCGAGCAUACUGGCCCUUGACACGGUGAUCGGUGAAGACCCGAGGCAGGAGUACUACAAGUCCGUCAAGAUUACCGGUACCUCUCACGCUGGCGUUAUCUCAGACGCCGUCGCCUUGGAGCGUGUGAUCAACGAGAUUCUUGAAGACGCGGUUGUCUGAGCCUGUUGUUCAACUUUAGGCCUGUUUGUAACAAAUGGAAAAGUAGAGGAUUUUUAAUGAAUUACGAUCAUCUCAUCCUAAAUAUAAAUCCAUUUAGCUUUA